AGACGAUAGACCUGCAUUGUGCCACUGCCUCUGGUCAGAGACAGUUGGAGAUUCAGAGAAGCAGCAUCACUGGCUGCAGACACAGCAUCUUGAAUAAAAAACACAUAUCCAGCUGCAGAGAGAAAAGCCUGCAGACGGAUACCUGCGAUUGCAAGAGAGGAGAGGAGAAGAAAGGACUCGACAAAAGACAAUUUGGAAGCAGCCAUGCGACCGCGGUCCAGACUGCUGUCCAAGAGACGACUCCUGCUGCCCACGAUCAGAGAAGGCCCCGAGGAGACGGUGAGGGAUCGGAAUGAGGCCAACACGCUUCACAUUGCAUCUGUCUCCUCUGAGGACUACCUCCUCUCCAUCUGCCACCUGGCUCACCCCACCUUCCCCAGCAGAGAUGUUUCCCCUGACAACACACAGCACACAAGGCAGUUGCAUGUUGGUCACCAGAGGCUGAGGCUGAGGUCCACUGGGAAAACAUCCACCAGAUAUGAGUUCAGCCCCGCAGAGGAGGCACAAGCCGAGCAGAGAGAGGACGAAGAACUGAGUGGCAAGCUGAUGUUUGGCAACUCUGACCCUCUGGAGUAUCUUUACGGACACCAGAGCAACCUCUCAGGUGGUGUGAGGAGGGCGUUUGUGGAGGGAAGCUUCAUGAGACAACAUGGAAGCGUAUGGGAGUGCCCGGCUCGCUCCAGGGCAAACAGCAUCCCCCGGGCCUCAAGUCCAGUCCCCCCACGCCAACGCAAGAGCAGCUGCCCUGAGCUACACACCAGCAGUGACACAUCAGCUCCGGAUAUCUCUCCAAAACACAGCUCAUCCAGGUUGGAGGCCCAGAGAGGGACCCUGGUAGAGAGAGGAGCAGAGGCCGAGAGGCACAAACCUGCCGUCAAACAAUCCCUGAUCUCCCAGUGGAUCUCUGACUGCAGGUCAGCGUGGAGAGAGGCGCGUGUGCGGGUCUGCAUGCUGCCUGCAAUCGCUGAGAUAUAGUGGCACAAGCAGACAGGCGUUGUGAAAGAAGACAUUCCUCAAUAAAGUGUCCAGGUCUUUUUCUGUCAGUGCAUGAGACAUUGGCAUCAGGAGAUAUGUAGACGUGUAUUAUGCAGAUUAUGUAACAGGGAAACAAGUAAAUACACAUUCAAAAAGAUACAGAGGCAAGUAAUGUUGUCAUGAUUGUCCGACUGUAAUGUUACAUCAAUGUCAUCAUUUGCUAUUCCAACCCUCUUACUCUUGAUAUAUGCUGGUGAUCAUACAAAACAUACAAAUCUGCAAAGUCCUUUUAUACGUUUCUGUGU